UACCCGCAGGAGGAGGCUCCGGGGCCGCGGAUCCCGGCGCAGAUCCGGGUGCGGCUCUGGUUCGGCCUGGCCGUGGACGAGAAGGAGUUCAACCAGUUUGCCGAGGGAAAGCUCUCCGUGUUCGCCGAGACCUACGAGAACCAGACGAAGCUGGCGCUGGUGGGGAACUGGGGCACCACGGGCCUCACGUACCCCAAGUACUCGGACGUGACGGGCCGGAUCCGGCUGCCCAAGGACAGCUUCCGACCCUCCGCCGGCUGGGCCUGGGCCGGGGACUGGUUCGUCUGCCCCGAGAGGACGUUGCUCCAUGACGUGGAUGCAGGACACCUGAGCUUCGUGGAGGAGGUGUUUGAGAACCAGGUCCGGCUCCCUGGGGGGCAGUGGAUCCACAUGACCGACGCCUACACCGACGUGAACGGGGAGAAGGUCCUGCCCAAGGAGGAGAUUGAGUGUCCUCCGGGCUGGAAAUGGGAAGACCUGGAGUGGGACACGGAUCUCAACAGAGCUGUGGAUGAGAAAGGCUGGGAAUACGGGCUGACCAUCCCCCCGGAGCGCCGGCCCAAGGCCUGGGUGCCGGCGGAGAAGAUGUACCACACCAACCGGCGCCGGCGCUGGGUGCGGCUCCGCCGGCGCGACCUGGAGCACAUGGACACCUCCCGGAAG